AUGGGACCGGCAGCUAGAGAGCAGUUGAUUGAGAGGAUCACCUCUAACAAUACUUACUGGUACACUGAGGGGGAUGAUAUACCCAAGAGAGAGAAGACAGCUGGGAUGUUCGAAGUUGAAGAAAAGAUGGCAAUACAGGCUCAGCUGGAUACCAUACAACACAUGCUAAAGCAGAUAGUACAGGGCCCUACUCAGAGUGUCCAGGCAGUUGCUCAGCCUCCACUGUUUCCACAGAAUCCUUAUGUUCCUAACCCCUAUUCUAUGCCACAGGUACCUCUUGUAGCCUGUUGUGCAAUUUGUGGUGGAAAUCAUGCAGCUCAAACAUGUCAUCUGUUAAACUCCGGUAACCGAGUCACUCAACCUAAUGUGGAGCAAGUUGAUCUCAUUGGUUAUUCUAGACCACAAGGCCAGGGGCAAGGUUAUGGGAACUAUCAGCAGCAAGGAAGAUAUCAGUUUGUUCCCUCUUGGAACAAUCAAGGCAAUCAAGUGAGGAACAAUCCACCGGGUUUUCAAGGCAAUCAAGGGAACAGAGGUGGCAACCAAGGAACUCAGUGGAGAAAUAAUCAGAAUAAUCAGAAUCCCAAUCAAGGGCAGUUCCAGCAAGGGAAUCAGAAUUUUGGGAACACUCAAGGUCAAGGUUUCUCUAGACCAUUUCAGGAUCCUGAUAUGCAGACUCUCAUGAACACCAUGAUAGCUCAGAUGAGCAAAUUACAGGCAACCGUAGAGUCUCAGCAAGCUGCCCUUAGCACUCAGCAAAAUGCUUUUAUCUCUCAGCAAGCUGCUCUCAGCUCUCAACAAGCACUGAUAGAGAGCCUCACAGGGCAACAGCAAGGUGGUGGUAAUCAGUUUUCUAAUCAAGCCUCAUCUUCGAAUGGUAGACUGCCAGCAAGUAUAGAAAAUCCAAGGCACCAAGUGAAUGCAGUCAUCACUAGGAGCGGAUUAGCAUUGAAGGAUCCUCCAUUUCCUUCAAAUGAUCCAGUGCUUGAGAAAACUGAUAAGAAGGAUGAGGGCAUUCAAGUUGAGGAUGGCCCUGAUGAGAGUGGGGAGGAGCCUGUGAUUCAGAGAGAUAGUGCUAAAGGAAAAGCCCAUGUGCCAGAUGAGAGUGCUCCAAGUAAGAAGCAUGAAAGGAAGAACAAGAAGGUAGAUGACUCGGUUAUACCUUGCAACCUGUUACCAUAUCCACAGAGGUUGUGGAAAUCACCUUGCAACCUGUUACCAUAUCCACAGAGGUUGUGGAAAUCAAAGGAGUCUGAUAGAGAGAGCAAGUUCAGGUUGUGGAAAUCAAAGGAGUCUGAUAGAGAGAGCAAGUUCUAUAAGAUGUUAGAUAAGCUGGAGAUCUCCAUGCCUUUUGUUGAAGCAAUCACUCAGAUUCCAUCGUACAAGAAGUUUCUGAAGAAUAUUUUAGGCAAUAAGAAAAAGCCAAAGAAGAGUGCGGUGGUGGAUCUGAGCGAAGGAGACUUGACCUGUGCAGUUCUUCAACAUAAACUACAUCCUAAGCUGAAAGAUCCAGGUAGUUUUGCCAUCCCUUGCAUCAUUGGUGGAUUUGUAGUUGGGGGUGCUCUAUGUGAUCUGGGUGCCAGUGUUAGUCUUAUGCCAUAUUCUUUAUGUAAGAGGCUCAACCUGGGCACACCAAAACCCACCUCCAUGACCCUACAGAUGGCGGAUCGCUCCAUUAAGCGUCCGGUGGGAGUUCUUGAGGAUGUCCCGGUCAUGAUUGAUCAAUACUUUAUACCGGGAGAUUUCGUUGUUCUGGAUAUAGAGGAGGAUGCCAAGGUUCCUAUUAUACUUGGUAGACCUUUCUUGGCUACUGCUGGUGCACUUAUUGAUGUGAGGAGAGGAAAACUAGUGAUGGAGGUGGCUGAGAACAAGAUCGAGUUUGACAUAUUCAAAAUGGCGAAGCACCAGCCCUCGUAUGUUGAUGAGUGUUACUUGAUAGAAGGGCUGGGUGAGUGCACUGAUGAAAGUAGAAAGAUUGAGUUAGGGGAUUAG